GCCUGAGCCGGAGCCGCGGCGGAUUCGGUGGCCGUGGAAGCCCCGCCCGCUCCCGGAGCCGGGGGCCGUCCUACCCCCCUCGCCUUCCACCCCCUCGGCUCCAGCCGCUCCGCAGAAGGAGCGGAGCUGGCUGGCGCGCUCGCUCGCUCGCUCUCUCGCUCCCAAACACACGCACCAGGCUCUCCCUGGCUCGCCCAUGCAGACAGCAGCCGGAGCGGCGGAAGAUGGCUGACUCCACAGGGCAUCACCCACCCUCCAGCCCGCCUGCAUCCCCGACCCUCCCCGCGCCGCUCUCGCCUCCGACCCUCCCUCACGCCAGCUUCCACCGCUGAGCCAGCGACCCCCGCCCAGCCCCGCCGCCCUCCCCACUUCUGCUUCCCAGCCCCCCCACGACACCAGCAGCCAUUUCAUCUCCACCAGCCAGACACAAAAAAUGGCAGAAAUGGAGAAAGAAGGGAGACCUCCCGAAAAUAAAAGAAGCAGGAAGCCGGCUCACCCGGUGAAAAGGGAAAUCAACGAGGAGAUGAAGAACUUUGCAGAAAACACUAUGAAUGAGCUUCUUGGCUGGUAUGGUUAUGAUAAGGUUGAAUUGAAAGAUGGAGAAGAUAUUGAAUUCAGGAACUACUCUGCAGAUGGGGAGAGCCGGCAGCACAUUUCUGUUCUCAAAGAAAAUUCUUUGCCAAAACCAAAAUUACCUGAGGACAGUGUUAUUUCACCAUACAAUAUAAACACAAGCUAUCCAGGGCUUGCCACAGGAAAUGGAUUUUCAGACUCACCAGCAGGGUCAAAGGAUCAUGGGAAUGUACCCAUUAUUGUACCAUUAAUUCCACCACCUUUCAUAAAGCCACCAGCAGAAGAUGAUGUGUCAAAUGUACAAAUAAUGUGUGCCUGGUGCCAGAAAGUGGGAAUCAAGCGCUAUUCCCUGAGUAUGGGAAGUGAAGUGAAAUGCUUCUGCAGUGAGAAGUGCUUUGCAGCUUGCCGAAGAGCAUACUUCAAGAGAAACAAGGCUAGAGAUGAAGAUGGACAUGCUGAAAAUUUUCCCCAGCAGCACUAUGCUAAGGAAACUCCAAGGCUUGCCUUCAAGAAUAACUGCGAACUACUUGUAUGUGACUGGUGUAAGCACAUAAGACACACAAAAGAGUAUCUGGAUUUUGGGGACGGGGAACGAAGGCUUCAGUUCUGCAGUGCAAAAUGUCUCAAUCAGUACAAAAUGGACAUUUUCUACAAAGAGACACAGGCCAAUCUUCCAGCUGGACUGUGCAGCACAUUACAUCCUCCAAUCGAAAAUAAAGCAGAAGGCACUGGGGUACAGCUGCUGACUCCAGAUUCUUGGAAUAUACCGCUAGCAGAUGCUCGGAGAAAGGCCCCAUCCCCAGUGUCUGCAGCUGGCCAAAUUCAAGGCCCUGGACCAUCAGCGUCUACCACUGCCUCUCCGUCUGACACUGCCAACUGCUCUGUCACUAAAAUCCCCACGCCAGUUCCCAAACCUAUUCCUAUCAAUGAGAAUCCAAAUAUUCCUCCAGUUUCUGUUCAGCCACCUGCUAGCAUUGUGCCUCCAAUUGGUGUCCCACCUCGAAGUCCUCCUAUGGUGAUGACAAACCGGGGGCCAGUUCCUCUGCCCAUAUUCAUGGAACAGCAAAUUAUGCAGCAAAUCCGUCCACCAUUUAUUCGCGGGCCGCCUCAUCAUGCCUCGAAUCCUAACAGCCCUUUGUCCAAUCCAAUGAUUCCUGGAAUUGGUCCGCCACCAGGUGGUCCCAGAAAUAUGGGUCCCACCUCCAGUCCCAUGCACAGGCCAAUGCUAUCACCUCAUAUUCAUCCCCCAACAACACCUACCAUGCCUGGCAAUCCCCCAGGGUUACUACCGCCUCCCCCUCCAGGAGCUCCUUUAACUAGCCUUCCCUUUCCCCCUGUCAGCAUGAUGCCAAAUGGUCCUAUGCCUAUGCCACAGAUGAUGAACUUUGGAUUGCCAUCUCUUGCCCCACUUGUGCCACCCCCAACCCUCUUAGUGCCAUAUCCUGUCAUUGUUCCUCUGCCUGUACCUAUCCCUAUUCCCAUUCCCAUCCCUCACAUCAAUGAUUCCAAGCCCCCCAAUGGCUUCUCCAGCAAUGGUGAAAACUUCAUUCCAAGUACCUCCAGUGAUGCAGCUGGGGCAAAGCCAACAAAUAAUUCUACGUCCCCUAGAGAUUCAAAGCAAGGGCCUUCUAAAUCCUCCGACUCGUCACCUAGCUGUUCGGGCCAGUCCUUAAAUCAAGCUCAAGUGGUUCAGGAGCAUUGUAGAAAUGAAGUUGUUGAUUUGACUGUCAGACCUAGUAGUCCAAUGAACAGUAAAUUUAGUUUUUCCAGUGUACUACAGGGUCCACAGGAUGGUGUGAUAGACCUAACUGUAGGGCACAGGUCUAGGCUACACAAUGUUAUCCACAGGGCUUUACAUGCUCAAGUUAAAGUUGAACGUGAACCUAACAGUGUUGUAAAUUUGGCUUUUAGUAGCUCAGAUAAAAGGAACUGCAGCAACUGCAGGGACAAUUGCAGCCCAAUUGAAACAAAAAUGUUACCUUGCAGCGACCCAGCUCACUGUGGUCCUGUCUCACUGGCCUCUGGCACUUCAGGACUAGAAACUAGUGCAGCAGUUUGCAAUGUCAUUGUGAAUGGCACAAAGAGCACAGAGGGUUCUAAGAACUCAGAACAAUCCCCAGAGCAGAAAAAGCCUCAACCGCAAGAAGAGCCAGCAGUGAGUGAGUUGGAAUCUGUUAAGGAGAACAACUGUGCAUCAAACUGCCACCUAGAAGGAGAGGCUGGCAAGAAGAUUGGGGAAGAGCCCCUCACUGUGGGAGACAAGCAAGACCCCAACCUUAACAACCCUGCAGAUGAGGACCAUGCGUAUGCUUUGCGGAUGCUGCCCAAGACAGGUUGUGUGAUCCAGCCUGUGCCAAAACCAGCAGAAAAGACUGCUAUAGCACCGUGUAUAAUCUCAACGCCAAUACUCAGCACAGGGCCAGAGGAUCUGGAGCCACCAUUGAAAAGGAGGUGUCUCCGAAUUCGAAAUCAGAAUAAGUAAAGGAAUGCUCACUGACAGGGUACCUUGCAUGGAGAAAGGGAUCAGAGCAAACCAUGUCACUUCACCGAAUGAUGCCAGCUGGGCUGCUCACCACCCCAUCUGGCUAAAAGUCAAACAAAUAAAGCAGCUUCCUGUCAU